GCUCAACUGCUCAAAGGAUCCGAUCCGGAAAGAAAGAAAGAAAGAAAGAGGUCUAGGGCCAACCGUUGCAUUGGCAGCCCAAGUUCGUUCCCUGCACCCGUUCCACAGCACCAAACAUGCAUCCAACCACCCACGUCUCGGCAGCCGCCAUCCUGGCCGUCUGACCAACCUCGCCUCGGGCUCGUAGACCAUGCACCCGCUCUCCUCCCCGCCAUCCUUUGCGCACCGACCGCUCCACCCCCUUCUCCCGCCUACUUCUGCUCGCCACCGCGCAUGAUGAUGCUCCCUCUAACCCUAGCGCCCGUGGCGUAGCACCGCCGUCCCCCUCCGACCGCCAUCAUGGCCUGGGUGGCGGCGCACCUGCUGCUCCUCCUCGCCGCCGCGCGCGCCAUCGACGUCCCCCGCCUCUCCCUCGCGCAGACCACAACCGACUACGACGACGGCACUGGGGGUGCGGGGGACAGGGGGGCCCAGGCCAUCGCCGGGAGCCCCGUGGUGGCCGGAGUCAUGAACGAACGCCUCAAGGCACUCACCUCCUCCUUCGCCAAAGCCAUCGGGAAAAAGCUCGACUACUGCAUCAAGGACACGGAUAUGGAGUGGAAUGCGGCCUUCGAUUUCUCCAAGGACACCACCUUCCUCACCAAUUGCAUGAAGGAGACCAACGGAGACUUUCAGCAGCGCGUGUGCACAGCUGCCGAGAUGAAGUUCUACUUCAACAGCUUGCUCGACAGCGGGGAGAACGGGGAGAAGAACUACGUCAGGCCCAACAAGAACUGCAACCUCUCGUCGUGGAUUGACGGCUGCGAGCCUGGAUGGGCUUGCAGCGUCGGCAAGGACCAGAAGAUCAACCUGCAAGAUGAAAAGGAUAUCCCUUACAGGGCCCUCAAAUGCCAAACCUGCUGCCCUGGCUUCUUUUGCCCCCAUGGUCUCACUUGCAUGAUACCUUGCCCUCUGGGUGCAUACUGUCCACUGUCCAGCUUGAACAAAACUACAAGCAUCUGCGACCCAUACAACUAUCAACCACCUCCUGGGAACCCAAAGCAUACUUGUGGUGCUGCUGAUAAUUGGGCAGAUGUGGUAACAACGGAUGAUAUUUUCUGCCCACCUGGAUUCUACUGCCCAACGACUACAACGAAGCUCCCUUGUAGUAGUGGGUUUUAUUGCAGGAAGGGAUCAACCUCACAAACUAGAUGCUACAAGAAGAGCUCUUGCCCACCAAACUCAGCAACUCAGGACAUAACAAUAUUUGGUGCAUUGCUAGUGGUUGCUUCUUGUUUAGUUCUUUUGAUCAUUUACAACUUCUCCGGCCAAAUCCUGACCAACCGUGAGAAAAAGCAAGCAAAAUCUCGAGAGGCCGCGGCAAGGCAUGCAAGAGAGACCGCGCAGGCUCGAGAAAGGUGGAAAUCAGCUAAAGAUGUCGCCAAGAAGGCGGGCGCGGGUCUGCAGACGCAAUUGUCUCGCACGUUCUCGCGCAGGAAGCCUGGCCAGGCACAGGCGGGACCGUCGAAAGUAGGUGCAGGCGUGACUCCAGAUGCGGGUGGAAAGAAGAACAACCUCACUGACAUGAUGCGCUCGCUCGAGGAGAACCCGGAGAGCGACGAAGGAUUCAAUCUGGAAAUAGGAGAUAAGGCCCUGAAAAAGCCCAAAGGGAAACAAAUGCACACCCGGAGCCAAAUUUUCAAGUAUGCAUAUGGUCAAAUAGAGAAGGAAAAGGCCAUGCAACAGGAGAACCAUAACAUGACUUUCUCGGGCGUGAUAUCAAUGGCCAAAGAACAUGAUGUCAGUACGAGACCAGUCAUUGAGAUCGCAUUCAAGGACCUAACACUAACGCUGAAGGGGAGCAAGAAGAAGCUCUUGAGGUCAGUGACAGGAAAGCUCUCGCCUGGCCGUGUAGCUGCCGUCAUGGGCCCGUCUGGCGCUGGAAAGACCACAUUUCUUAGUGCUAUCGCGGGUAAGGCAACUGGGUGUGAAACCUCAGGCCUGGUGCUUAUAAAUGGUAAAAUAGAACCGAUUCGCGGGUACAAGAGGAUCAUUGGCUUUGUUCCCCAAGAUGAUAUCGUCCAUGGGAACCUAACCGUUGAAGAAAACCUCUGGUUCAAUGCAAGAUGCAGGCUGUCAGCAGACAUGUCCAAGGCUGAUAAGGUCCUCGUUGUGGAGAGGGUCAUCGAGUCCCUGGGGCUGCAGGCAGUUCGAGAUUCUCUGGUUGGGACAGUGGAGCAGCGAGGCAUCUCUGGUGGCCAGCGCAAGAGAGUCAAUGUCGGUCUAGAGAUGGUGAUGGAGCCCUCGGUGUUGAUCUUGGAUGAGCCAACGUCUGGUUUGGACAGCGCUUCCUCCCUGCUUCUGCUCCGCGCCCUUCGCCGUGAAGCUCUCGAAGGCGUCAACAUCUCCAUGGUUGUUCAUCAACCCAGUUACACGCUCUACAGAAUGUUCGAUGACUUGAUACUUCUAGCCAAAGGGGGCAUGACGGUGUACCACGGGCCAGUAAAGAAGGUGGAAGAGUACUUCGCAGGGCUGGGCAUCCUUGUGCCAGAGCGCGUGAACCCACCGGACUACUACAUUGACAUCUUGGAGGGCAUCGUGAAGCCCAGCUUAAGCGAAGGUGUCACCGUGAAGGAUUUGCCUCUCAGAUGGAUGCUGCACAAUGGCUACGAUGUUCCGCGGGAUAUGCUGCAGAGUUUUUCAGAUUCCGAAUCGGCGUCCUUCAGAGGAAGCACUGAUCAUGCUUCGAGCGACGAGGAUGCGGGUCCAUCCAUUGCUUCGGUGCUAUGGGGAAAUGCUAAGGAUAUCCUCGGGCAGAAGAAGGAUGAGUAUGAUUAUAACAAAACUUCUCAAGAUCUGUCAAACCGCAAUACUCCCGGCAUUCUAAGGCAGUACCGGUACUUCCUGGGAAGGUGCGGCAAGCAGAGGCUCCGUGAAGCGAGAAUACAAGGAGUCGACUACUUGAUACUUUGUCUUGCCGGGAUAUGCCUGGGAACACUAGCCAAAGUGAGCGACGAGACGUUUGGGGCGCUGGGAUACACAUACACUGUCAUUGCUGUCUCACUGCUCUGCAAAAUCGGAGCCUUGAGAUCGUUCGCGCUCGACAAGAUCUACUACUGGAGGGAGAGAGCCUCCGGGAUGAGCUCACUGGCCUACUUCCUGUCCAAGGACACCAUAGAUCACUUCAACACCAUCGUCAAGCCCAUCGUCUACCUCUCCAUGUUCUACUUCUUCAACAACCCCAGGUCGUCCAUCUGGGAGAACUACGUCGUUCUCGUCGCGCUCGUCUACUGUGUGACCGGCAUUGGCUACACCUUCGCCAUCUUCUUCCAGCCAAGCUCUGCGCAGCUGUGGUCUGCGCUGCUUCCAGUUGUUUUGACUCUAGUAGCAACUCAGCAGAAGAACACAAUCUUUGCUGAUUUGUGCUACACAAAGUGGGCCCUGGAAGCGUUUGUCAUUGCAAAUGCUCAGAACUAUUCGGGGGUGUGGCUAAUAACACGGUGUGGCUCACUGAUCAGGAGCGGCUACAACAUCGAAAACAAGGCUCUCUGUAUAGUGGUUCUCGUUGCUAAUGGGCUACUCUUCCGCUGCGUAGCGUUCUUCUGCAUGGUGACCUUCCAGAAGCACUAAGGCAAGGAAAAACCCAUAACUUUCUCUGUCCAUAUAGCCGAUUCAUUUCAAUAAUUUCAGUGUAAUAGAAAUUUACAUUUAGAGCCCUUCUUGUUACAGUCACGUCCCCAGGUGUAGAUGAGGACAGAUUCUUGAAUAGCAAGCAACUGUCAGGAAUGCCCUAAAUUAUAGAGGCGUUUAUCAAUUUCAGAUUAGCCGAAACGUCAGAGUUCAUUCAUUUACCUCCAGUGUAAAUUUGAAAUGCAAAUGCCAGUUUAUGUAUGGCUGCUAAUUGUGAAAUUUGUAGCUCUUCGAAAGCAGCUUCCUUACUUUCAGGAUGAAUUUAGUAAUGAAGCAGCGACAUCACAACUCAACGCGUAUACGCCUAAAAUGAUCCGUAAAGAUCAUUUGUGAGCUCAUAAUACGAG